ACCAAGCUGACAGAAACAAAACGCCCACAAUCUGCGAUGAUCGUUUCCAGUUCCCACACACAGCGGUUGCAUUCAACAUGGCGGCUGAUGGUUUGUUGUUCUUUUGCAUGGUCCAGUCAUAUUUAGCUGGGUUUUUCACUCUGUCACAUGAUCUGAUCCACGAAUACGACGAAAUGAUACGACACAUUCCACUAGAACCAUCGCAUAUCUUAAACAGACGCUCUGUGGAUCAACCAUUACGAAUUUCGCUGGACUUUCUCGACAUCAACAAUUUAGAAAAUCCCAGCAUGGUGAAGGAUAUUUUGAAACAAGCACAAAUCUAUUUUAGUAGAACGUUGAAAGUCCGUAAGACAACGUCGGCGAUUCUUCUUCAAAGGAGUUGUCCUAACCAGACGUUUUUCUCCAAAAAUGCCGAUGGAAAUGGACCAGGGAGGGUCCGAUUUUGUCAAGAAUCAUGCAAUUCUUCUCGAAUAUUAUGCGGACCAGUUGAAAUUCCAGAACACGAUUUAGAUCAGUGUAGGGUUUGUGAUGUGAAUGGCCAGAACUGUCGCAACGACACAAAGCCUGGAUUCACUGCCGGAGAAGGGCACAAAGACACAGAUUUCAUUCUUUACGUCACAGCAGUUACUCAUGGAAACUGUGUAAACAGUUCAACGACUUUAGCGUAUGGAGCGGCAUGUCAACAAGAGAGUGGAUUGGAUAGACCCGUAGUAGGAUUUAUCAACAUAUGCCCGAAAAAGGUGACUGCAAGUGAACUGAGAAGCAGCUACAGUGAGGUUUUGGCAACUGUCAAACAUGAAAUAUUUCAUGCUCUUGGAUUUGCACCAUCAUUGUUUGCAUUCUUCCGCAAUCACAGUGGUGAGCCACUUACUGCUCGUCGUUCCAAUGGACUUCCAAAAGAGUUCGAUCCUGUGCUAAAACACUACAAAUGGAGUGAACAGACUGUCAAGGUGGUGACGAGAAACGACUGGUUAACAAGGUCUGGUACAUUGCAACACGAUGUUUAUAUGAUGGUUACGCCAAGAGUUAGGGAGGAGGCACGGAGACAUUUCAACUGCUCAACACUAGAAGGAGCCGAGCUUGAAAACCAAGGAGGAGAAGGUACAGCCCUAGCCCAUUGGGAAAAGCGCCUGUUUGAAAACGAAGCCAUGACGGGUGUGUCUACGCAAAGUACUGUGUUUAGUCGAAUGACUUUGGCCUUAAUGGAGGACUCAGGCUGGUACAUUGUCAACUAUGAAAUGGCCGAUCCUUUACGCUGGGGCAAGAACUUGGGUUGUUUGUUCGCUAAAAAGAGCUGUGCUGCCUGGAUGAAAGCUCAAACAGCUGUUGGGAAGUCCAUAGCUCCAUUUUGUUCGAAAAUAAAGAAAAAAGGUGACCCACAGACUGGAUGUUCCUUUGACAGAACAUCCGUUGCCUCAUGUAACUUAGUAGAAUAUGAACAAGAUCUUCCAACUGAAUUUCAGAAUUUUUUGCCCGGUUCUAUUCCGGAGAUUUCCGAAUCUGAAGACAGGUAUGGCGGGGCAGUAGCCUUAGCUGAUUUUUGUCCCUUUUACCAAAGCUUUACGUGGACGCAAAAAGGAGAAGAUGUCAGGACAUCUUCCUGUAUAUCAGGACACAACGCUUUGUCGUUUGACCUGAAUUAUGCAUUGGAAUUUUACAACAGCAGUUCACGGUGUUUUGAACAACGAACCAAGUGGAUUAAAGAGAAAUGUGGCACACGAUAUACAGCUGUGAAUUUUGGUAGCGGGUGCUAUAAGAUUCAUUGUGAACCUGACGCACUGAAGGUCGAAAUCGCUGCAGGCCUUAAAUAUCCGUGUUUCUACAAAGGGCAAGUUUUGAAUAUUUCUGUGCAAGUCGAUAUGUGGUGCUUUCAAGGAACACUCGUUUGUCCUUCUUGCAAAGAAGUUUGUUCCGACAAUGGAUUUGUCUGCCCUGCAGAGAUAAGGCCUGCCCCAAAGAAUUCGCAACCAACACAAAAAAAAUCCCCAGUGACUUGUUCUCAGUGUUCAGUGGUGUUUCAACAGGUCUUACAUACCAAUCUGCUAGUAGUGAUUAUGUCCACAGUUUCAACGUAUGUUAUUAAGGUAUAGUUUCUUUUAGGCUCAUACUCGGUGUAAAAACCUGUGAAGCUCACGAGUGACGUAAAACAAAGACAACAAAACAUUAUAAACAAUAGCGUACAGCAAAACAAUACCUCAUGAAACAAAGGAAACCUCGUCAGGUUUUUACACCGAGGAUGACCCUUCUUUUAUGUCAAACUCGUAGAUUAAGAUCACCUCAGAUAUACUCCUCCUCCUUCCUAAUAUCGUAGCUGCUUGGCUCCUGUCGGAUCAACUUUUCCUCCUAGAAAAUUUGUGCUCAUAGUUUUCCGAGUUUGAAGGAAAGAAUUUUUACAUAUGUUGUCUACUUGUGCAAGAGGAAAAGGUAUGUUCGUGAUAAAAUUAAGAAGGUAAGGCUGGGGUAACACAUACACACACACACACGCACAAAAAAAAAAACACCACAAGAAUUGUGAGAGAAAAAAAUCGGAAGAAAGUGUUGAAACGUUGUUUCAAUAAUUUUUUUAAUGACCGCUAACGCCUUUCUUUUCAAAUCAGUUUAACGAGAGAGACCCCUCUGUAACGAUAGGCUGCUUUUAAUUAUUGUGCAAGCAAAUCAGUGGCCAAUCAGAAAAAAAGAAAACAUCGCAAGAGCCAAUCAGGACUCAAAGUAAAAACACGCAAUCGCGUGAGAAAACGCAGGUGACCAAAUUGGGAUUUGUAUCAGUUUUACAUCUACAGGAAUUGAUACAGAGGGUUGCACCACUUUUAAAAUUCAAUCACAAAGUGAACUAGAAUAAAACCUUCACAAGUUUCUCUAAGUACAAUUGUAGCACUGUAAGGGUUUAAAAGGAAAAGGGCAAGAACAUUUUUCCAUUGCGAUAAAGGCUAUGACUACGUAGAUACGUAUAAUUAGUCACAUGUACCUAUGCCGUUAGCUUUUAAAAUUUUUUAUUUUCGUUUAUUACUUUUGCAGUUAAGAGUAUCCCUUGCAGUUCUAUGUAUGACCUUUAAUUUUAUAACUAACAAUAGUUACUUUCUAAGUAACUAUUGCAAGCAAGAAUUUUUACGUGCGCGAUUUAUUCUUAUUUUGAAUUUGAAGAUACCAUGUGAAUGGUAUAGCAUUGUAUAUAGCAGAUUAUUUAAAACUUUGUAAUUUGCGCUGCGGAGCUUUUUAUAAAUGUCUUUUUCUUGAAUCCAUCAGCGCCAUUGUUUUAUUUGCGCUCGAGCCGGCAAGCUCGAAAAGAGAUAAGUAAAUGAAUAAAUAGAUAUUUAAUAGCUUAAUCAUAAUUAUCAAUGAGUUACUUUGUUAAUAGCUCGGUAUUCGUUGGAAUGAAUGCCUGUUAGGAAUUACGUUCAAGGCCAUCAACAAAAGUAACAAUGUUCUUUCCUUGUUUCGGAAAUGCGUCCGUGGCAUUGAGAAGUUUAGUAUCCCGAAGUCACUGUUACAAGUUCUCUUUCAAUAAACACAACCGUUUCGUUUUCUCUCACACCUUCUCUAUGUAAAAACACACACUCACGGCCACAUGCAUGACUACACUUUCGUACAAUGUCAAUCAAACUCAACUAAAGUUCGGGACCAGGCUCUGACGGUAAAGUUUGGGUCCAGUCUCUGACACUUGUUAUUCGGAUGUGGUGGUUUGUGCCAAUGUACUCAUGUCCCCUAAUUGUAGCGUGUGGUCAGACAGUGAGUAACUUACAGGAAAAUGAUUUGAGUAAUCUCAACAUUUCAUAGCAAUGAUGACAAUAAUAAUAAUGAUAAUAAUGAUAAUGAAUGUUUGCUGAUGGAUAUGAAUAUAUUGCUAAUAAUAAUAUUAAUAAGAAUAACGAUAUUGAGAAUGACGAUGAUUCUAAAAAUUAUUUCAUGUAAUAAUAAUUUCCAUUAAUAACAACAAUAAGUAACAAAGAUGUUGCGCCCUAGCUCAAAAUUCAAAGCGCUUUGCUAGCACAA